AAAACUACCUCCUACAUUACCUGGGAUUUGUGCCAGGGAUAACCAACCUUAGGUUGGCUGCCUCUCACCAAACAGACCUGUUGUACCUACCGGUGCCUCCUGGUGCUUAAGCAAGGCAUGCAGAAUAGUAUGGACCUUAGGGUAUGUCUUGUACCUCUCAAGCAGUACCUACAUACAGGCGUACUAUAACGGGGUUCAGUCCAGGUGGAGUAAGAAUUCCAGGUACUCGGUUGCCCCGUUGUGUGGAUGAACCAAUCCAUCACCCCUCUCAGCCUAACCCAACGCGCCCCUCCCACCCCAUGCACACAUAUUCUGCCCCUCAACGCGUCUGCCACAGUACAUAGAGACUACGCGCGCCUAACGACAACAACAAUAUCAUCAUCCAGGAAGGGAAAAAAAAAGGAUGGCUUUCCCACCAGAAUCACAAGAACAGCCGCCGCUUCAGCCGCAAUCCCACCAAGGGGAGCAACAGCAACAGGCAUUCAUACCAUCUGGCCAAGCAUCCUACCUGCUCGUCUCAUUCACCCACUUCCUCACCGUCUGCAUCCAUAACAUCCUCUACUACCGCUCCAUCUACCCCCAGGAGACCUUCCUGAUGAGCCGGGCCUACAACCUACCCGUCCACCAAUCUCGGCACCCCAAAGUGUGUUCGUGGAUCCGCGACGCCGUCGAUGCUGUCCGCGCCCAGCUCGCCCGCGGCGCUGCCGAGCGCGUCGCUGUCGUCGUGUACGACAGCCAGGCCCGGGUCGCUGAGCGCUGGAUGUUUGACGUCUCCGCCUUCCCCGCCUGGACGGGCUUCGAUGCUGCCCCCCGCGGCCCGAGGACUGCGGAAGACGACGAGUCCGACCCAUCCGCCGAUAACGACCCUGAGGCUGGUCCCGGUCCCGGUCCCGGCCCCGUCAGGGUUAACUGGACUGACGUCGACGAGCAGCUACGCGCUACCGUGAGGAAGCUCGCUUACGCUGGCGAGAAGAUGGCCCCGCUGCCGGAGGGUUGCACUUUCACCGUCGCGGUAGAGUUGCGGGACGACAGCGAGGCGCCGAUAGGGCACCCGCAACCUUGGAUCCCAACUCAGCCCAAUCUACAGCCGAAAUCUAGAGACAAACACGUGCCAGGCCGGGAUAUCGGUGGAGCCAAGACAACUCCUCUCCGGGCCGUAGAAGCUGGGCCUUUGUUCUUCGAAUGCUGGGUCGAGGAGGGCAGAAUCAACGAACAGGUAUCGCCUUACGCUUCACACGAAUAGCACGUCCUAUAUCCUCUCUAGUGGGCGCAUGUCGAUUCGGGCCUACUGUCC